AUGGACAAGAAAAACUGCUCCUCUAUGGAUGAAUUUAUUUUCUUGGGAAUUACCAAUAGCUCUGACAUGAAAAUAGCCCUUUUCAUCACAUUCCUACUUGUUUAUCUCAUUAAUCUUCUGGCCAAUCUUGGGAUGAUCAUUUUAAUUAGAGUGGACUCUCAGCUCCACACACCCAUGUACUUUUUCCUCAGCCACCUCUCUUUCUGUGACCUCAGCUAUUCCACAGCAAUUGGACCCAAGAUGCUGGUGGAUCUUUUAGCUGAGGAGAAAUCAAUUCCCAUUGUCGGUUGUGCUCUGCAGUUCUUGACAUUCUGUAUCUUCGCAGAUUCCGAGUGUCUACUGCUGGCAGUGAUGGCCUAUGAUAGGUACCAGGCUAUCAGCAACCCCCUGCUCUACACAGCAAACAUGUCAAACAGGCUGUUCCUGUUUGUGGCUGGGGUUUACCUGGUGGGAACAGCAGAUGCUUUGAUACAUACAACCCUGACCUUCCGCUUAUGUUUCUGUGGAUCCAAUGAGAUCAACCAUUUCUUCUGUGAUGUUCCUCCUCUUCUAUUAAUAUCUUGCUCAAAUACAGAGGCCAACGAGUUAGCAAUAUUUACAAUUUUUGGGUUCAUUGAGUUGAGCACCAUUUCAGGAGUUCUUGUCUCUUAUUGCUACAUAAUUUCAUCAGUUUUUAAGAUCAGCUCUGCUGAGGGGAGGUUCAAAGCUUUCUCCACCUGUGCCUCCCACUUGACUGCAGUCGCAAUUUUCCAGGGAACUAUGCUUUUCAUGUAUUUUCGGCCAAGUUCUUCCUACUCUUUAGAUCAAGACAAAAUGACAUCACUAUUUUACACUCUGGUGAUUCCCAUGCUGAACCCUCUGAUUUACAGCCUGAGGAACAAGGAUGUGAAAAAGGCUCUGGAGAAACUGAAGAAUAAAAGGUGA